AUGGAAAUGAAUAACUUGCACAGUAUAAUCCGGCCCUACAAGCCCACAGAUAAGUCUGCCGUUAUCUCCCUCUUCCGCUUUGGCAUUCUGGAGCACAUUUACCCAGCUUUCUUCAAGGCCAUGAGCCACCAGGACCAUAUUGGGGUGACCCUGAGUGUCUCUGUGGCCGGAUAUGUGCUCGGAGGGAGCUCGUACUUCCAGGCCUUUCUCUUCGGAGGAGCCUGGGCCUGUUUGGUCUACUACUGCUGCCACGAGAUCUACCAAAGCAACCUCAACCGCAAGCUGGAGCUGGAAAUGGCUGAUAUUCAGACUAACUUCUUGGAUAACCAGGCCAAUAACUUCUGGGUGGUGGAGACGGAGGUGUAUGGGAGGACAAAAGUGUCUGGAAUGCUGGGUGUAAUUGGUGUGAAGGACGAUGUUUUGAAUGCUAAUGCUAAUAAUGCAGCGGAGGUGUUUCAAUUGAUCGUGUCUUUCCAAAAGAGACGCAAAGGAUUGGGGACUCAGUUGGUAGAGAAAGCCUUGGAGUUCUGUAAGGAACAGGGACUUUCUUGUUUGGCAGUAGAAGUGAGUUCUCCACAAACCGCAGCUAUUUCUCUUUUCCGCAAACUGGGCUUUAUUGAGACUUCAGUGCACAACAACACACACUCCAACCAUUUGUUCUCAAAACUGGCCCGGAUCAACAUCAUACGAAUGGAGAAGCAUCUCUGA